CAGAAUCAUUCUCGUCUAGAUCAAUCAUUCUAUCUACAUUCUAGUUCUAGACUCCAUAUCUAGAUCUAGUCAUUGAGCUGCUAGAAGCUAGGCGAAUAAUUAUAAUAUUAGGCCCUAAUUAUUAUUAAUUUAGUAAGAUUAAACUAGAUCAACUAUUCAAACAACUUUACCACAUGAAUACAGAAGUGAUGGAGGUUAAAAAAAAGAAAUUAGAAGAUAACUUUAAGGAUGAGCCACAAAUUAAUUCUAAAAAAGACACUGUCUUUAAAGACUUUAAAUUAAUCAAUGUUCUUCGAGAAGAUGCAAGCCACAAGCUAAUUACUGUCCGUGGCUUGCUGCCAACCAAUAGUGGAUUAGAGAGUCCAGCAGAUGCUGUGCUGCUACUUGAAAGGAAAGCAUUUGACUUGUCAAAACUUGAACAGCUACUGCACAUGACCAAGACCAAUGAAACACUAAGGAAUGAUAUCUACAGCACUCAUGAUGUCUACUCGGGUGAUCCUACUGAUGGCAUUGGAGCAGACAUGAAGGCAACUCUAAUCCACCCAGCGACAGAGAAGCAUAUAGCCAAGUACUCAGAUCAUGAGCCCUUUAUAGUCAAUGAAACCCCACUACUUUAUAGCAAACUCACUCUUCCUUAUAUACAACAAAGUACAUUUAGCAUACAGUGGGUCUACAAUAUACUUGAGAAAAAAUCUGAGUCUGAACGCAUCAUAGUGGAGGAUGCUGAUCCAGAGGUGGGGUUUGUCAUGGUGCCUGAUAUGAAAUGGGAUAGACAAAAUGCUAAUACUUUAUAUAUGGUUGCCAUAGUCCAUAAACAUGGAAUUAAAUCUAUACGUGACCUCAGACAGGAGCAUUUACCCUUACUAGAAAAUAUACUACACAAAGGAAAGACUGCAAUUAAAGACCAAUAUGGCCUGUCAUCUGAUAAAUUAAGAGUUUAUUUCCACUACCAGCCAUCAUACUAUCAUCUUCAUGUCCAUUUUACACAUGUUCAGUUUGAGGCUCCUGGCACAGAUGUACUGAGAGCCCAUUUACUGGAAGAUGUCAUAGACAAUCUACACAUGGACUCCGAGUUCUACUGUAAAAAGACUCUCUCCUACGUUGUGAGAGACAAUGAUAUGCUUUACACAAGGUUCAAAGAGGAGGGAUAUUUUAGAUAAAAUAAACUUGAUGCUAGUCA